CCUCACAUCACGCAUCAACCUAUAGACAUGGACUACCGGCGGGAACCACGCGAAAACAACAUAGUAUUUGUAGGCAACGUGCCCUUCGACACAACCGAAGAGCAGCUAAUCGGCAUCCUCCGGCAAGCGGGACCGGUGACCGAAUUCCGGCUCGUCUUCGAUCGUGAAAGCGGCAAACAGCGCGGAUUCGGAUUCUGCGAAUACGCCGAUAUCCAGAUUGCCGCCAGCGCAGUCAAAAACCUCUCGGGGACACUAGUAGGUGGGCGGCCCAUGAAGCUGGAUUUCGCUGAGCGCGAGGUGAUCCGUCGACACUUCAACACCGACGGGCUGUCGCUUAGCGGCGCACCGGGGUCUGCACAGCUGCCGCCGCCGCCGAAAAAGGUAGAUGUGGAGACGGUGAAUGAGGUCGUGGGGCCGUUGAAUGAACAACAGAAGAGCGAGCUGAUUGCGCAGUUCCAGACCUUCGCCAAGCGCAACCUGCAUGUGGCCAGGCGCGAGCUAAUGGAGAAUCCGGCACUGGCUCACGCAUUGUACUGUGCGCUGGGGUCGCUGGACCUGGCGAGCCCGGAGGACUUGAAGCGCGCAGUGCGCGGGGCCGGCAGAUCGGGGUCGACAGGCUCGGUGCCGCGGUACCCGCCGCCGCCCAUGGCCGCAAUGCAGCCGCCCCCGAUUUCAUUGCCGAAGCCACAGAUUCCCCAGGCCAGUGCACCCGAGAUUGACAAUGAGCAGGUUAUUAACCAGCUGCUGAGUCUGACGGACGAGCAGCUGGCGCAGCUGCCGGAGGAGCACCGGAUCAAGAUCAUGGAGCUGCGGAGCCAGUUCCAGGCGUGACCGGGGGCUUUCUAGCACAAGUCUCAAUUGAUAUUACACGGCCAUAACAUGCGUCACUGCUGGCAUGCGUCAAUGGCCUGCUACGAACGAAAAAAUAAAAUAAAAAUAAAAAUAAAG